GGACCUUUAAUUUAACAGAGUUGCGUUUUUGACGUUUCGCUUAAAUGUUUGUAUUUUGUAAGCGCGCGAUAUUUUACAAAAGUAUUUAAAAUGAGUAAAAAGUCUACACGCUUUUCAAAACCUAUCAAGGAAACACCUGUUCCAGCAGCGAAAGCCCCGGCACUUUACAAAGUGAUGUUCAUAUCAAAAGAGCUAUUGGAAGAUCCUGAAAAUGAAUUAACCUUGGAGUACUUUUAUCAUCCUGGAAAAGGCAAGCCUACACUUUUUAUUACAAAAUCCAACACAGAGCUAAUGGAAGUAAAAGAAUUUGCCGAACCAAGGCGUAGCUGGUUAAUCAACGAUGAUGUGUGUUCAGACGGACGCAUCUUCAUGACAACACCGAUUGAUAUAACGCUGCUUGCAUUGCAUCAUAUACGUUUACAUUGUUCACAAAAAGCGCUGACUUUAGCUGAUAUUGGUGAGGCAGAUGAUAAGAGCACGUUGCGAUUACUGCGUGAAUUUGUACGCGGCGAGGAGCACUUGAGAUGUAUCGCCGAUGUUAAAAAAGCCAACGGGAUGGUAUUUUACAAAUAUAACGCUGAGCGAACACUGGCGUGGUUAGCAAUUAAAACACGUCGUGUAACAGAAAAGCUGCGCAGCAUUGGUGUGCAUUGUGGUCAGAGUGCCAUGUCAAAAAAUUAUGUACGUGGUGAACUUGAGGGCGAAAACAGGGAAGAAUCUGAUAUGGAUUAUUUACGCAUGGCAUGCGACAUAGUCGGUGACUAUUUGGAUGUAGACUUACACGAGAAGCUUAAAGAAUAUUUGGAAAUACCCGAAGAAAAGCUGUUGACAACUGCGCCGAAGAAGGAGGAAAAAGAGAAAGGUGGAAAGAAACGAAAAUCUUUGCUGCAACUUAAUUCGAAUGAAAACAAGAAAAUAAAAUUGGAAGAUAAAGGCACAAAUGUAACGGAUAAACUUAAAAACAGUGGCUUGGUUGACGGUUCACCAACUAAUGACCAUAGCAGGCUAAAUAGUUCCAGUGAAGAAGUAAGCCCAGUUAGUGUGGCACAAGCAAUAAUGACUCCUUCGCCAGUUAAAGAGAGAAAUUUAACAGCUAAGGAAAAGGCGUUAGCAAAGAGUGCCAAAGGUACAAAAAGCAUAGCAUCGUUUUUUAGUAAGAAAUAAGGCAACGGCGGAUUUAUUUUGUUUGGUUUCUUUUUUGACUUAUUUUUUUAUAAGUAUAUAAUGUUUUGUUAUUUUAGU